GGGUCCAGGGAGUUUUCAUGGGAGAGGUCUGUGGAAUACAGCAGGUCCUCAGGACUGAGGUCACAAUGAGUCCAAUCCGAGUUCUUUUCCUUCCUUCUCUGACCACCCCCUCUUACCUUAAGUCAAGGCCAAGAGAGAGGUGCCAGGAGACCUUCUGGGGCUCAAGGACUGGGCUGGACUCCUGGGUACCCAAGUAAGGAUAUAUGUCCGGAGGACACUGCCACAAGGCCCCAACAUUGUUAGAGCCCUGCUGCUCCCAGAGGCUUCUCAUCUAGAAGGAUUGAACGAGGCCCUCUCAACGUCUACGUCCACCAGGACUGAGGGGGCGGAGCCACAUAGCGGAGGCGCGUCCUCAGAGGGGUGGGCCUGGUGCAAGGUGGGUCUUGAGCCUUGAGCCACAGGAGGGCAAAGAGGGCCAAAAGCGGCCGGAGCCCGCAGGAGUGGAGACUGACACUCAAAUUAGUGGCGGGUGCUCGGGCCUGUGGGCAGAGCCAAGAGCUGAAAAGAGACGUCCAGUCUGGCAGGAAGAGUGGGAGCUCAGGACCAGAGGCCGGAGCCAAGAAUUGAGGGCGCUAGUUCUGUAACCAGAAAGGCCAAGACUUAGGCCUGGGGCCCGAGCCAAGAGCUGAAAGGCGGGCCUCCAGUGAGGCCGGGGGCCGGGCCUCUGGCGAAGGGCGGGGUCGAGCCGGGAGUGGCGCCGUGGCGUCGGUGUCCGGGAGGUCCGGGAGCCGCCGGGUCCGUCGGCCGCCCUCGCUGGGCCGCGUGGCAGUGGUGGUAGACCAGGGCUCGGGCUUCAUCAAGGCGGGCUUCGGGGGCGAGCGCCAGCCCCGCCUGGUGCUGAAGAGCUCCAGCCUGGUGCCCACCUGGGACCGGCCGGUGUGUACCCGCGCACCCGGCUGCGGGCUGGCGGGCGGCGUGGAACGGGCGCACCCCAUCAAGCACGGCGUGGUGGUGGACUGGGAGGCACUGGAGGGGCUGUGGGAGCGCCUGCUGGUGGGCGGCCUGCGGGUGUGCCCGGAGCAGUGGCCCGUGCUAGUGAGUGACUCGCCGUCGGCGCCGCCCGCGAGCCGCGAGAAGGUGGCCGAGCUGCUGUUCGAGGCCCUGGUGGUGCCUGCGUGCCACAUGGCCAGCACGGCGUUGUUGGCGCUCUGUUCCACUGGCGCGUUCAGCGGGCUGGCCGUAGAGGCAGGUGCAGGCGUGUGCCACGCCACACCCGUCUAUGCGGGCCACUCGUGGCACGAGGCCACCUUCCGGCUGGACAUCGCAGGGAGCACCCUGUCGCGCUACCUGCGGGACUUGCUGGUGGCAACGUGCCCUGAUCCAUCGCUGCGGGCCUUGCCCCGUAAGGCCAUCACACAGCUCAAGAAGCGCUGCUGCUAUGUGUCGCUGGACUUUGAGGGUGACCUUCAUAACUCUGACCGCCACCAUCCGGUCAGUUUCUGUUUAGGCAACGGGUGCUCUGUCUGCCUCAGCAGCGAGCGCUUCCGCUGCCCGGAACCCAUCUUCCAGCCGAGUCUGCUAGGCCAGGCCGAGCCAGGACUGCCUGCACUGGCCUUCCAGGCACUGCAGAGGGUCCCUGCGACUCUAAGGACGCGGCUGGCCAAUACCGUGGUGCUGGCCGGUGGUUCCACACUUUUCCCUGGCUUCACUGAGCGCCUGGAAAUGGAGCUAGAGGCGCAGUGCCGGAGGCACGGCUAUGGGGCACUGCGGCCUCAUCUGGUGGCCAAGCCUGGGCGUGGCACAGCAGUGUGGACAGGUGGCUCCAUGGUGGCCUCCUUGCGUUCCUUCCAACAGCGCUGGAUAACUCGGGCCAUGUACCAGGAGUGUGGCUCCAGGCUGGUGCACGAAGUGUUCAACUGAGUCAUGUUGGACUGGAGGGGAGGUGCCACAUGAGGGACACGGUGGGCUGAGCUAUAGCUUUAUCAGAGGCAUUGAGUGCCAAAUAAAAGUCUCAAGUGAUUGGA